AUGUUGUUGCUCGAUAUAAUCAGAAAAAAUGUAUGCAACGAGGUAUAUAUAAUUGCGGAAAUUGGCCAGAAUCAUCAGGGAAGCUUAGAAACGGCUAAAUUGAUGAUGCUAGAGGCAAAGAAGGCGGGUUGCCAUUGUGUUAAAUUUCAAAAAUCCGAUUUAACAGCAAAGUUUACACGAUCCGCCCUUAAUCGAGACUAUGUCAGCGCCCACGCCUGGGGCAAAACUUAUGGAAAGCAUAAAGAAUAUCUAGAAUUUUCUAAAGAGCAAUACCAUCAGUUGCAAGACUAUAGCUAUGAAAUUCAAAUCGAUUUUACUGCAUCUGCCAUGGAUGAGAGGUCACUGGAAUUUCUUGCAGAUUUAAAGGUACCUUUUAUUAAAAUUGGCUCAGGAGAUGCUAAUAAUUUUCCACUACUAAUAAAAGCUGCGAGCUUGAAAAUACCUUUGAUUAUAUCGACCGGUAUGCAAACCAUUUCAACAGUUGAUAAAAUCGUUGAAAUAAUGGAGCAUGCUGGAAACGACAAAUAUGCCUUGAUGCACUGUGUAUCUUCAUAUCCCACAGCACCCAGCGACUGCAAUUUGCAGAUGAUACCAAAACUAAUGCGACGUUUUCCUGAUGUUGUCAUUGGCUACUCCGGACAUGAGUUGGGUGUAUGUAUUACUAGGGCUGCCGUUUUAUCGGGCGCGAGGAUCAUUGAGCGACACUUUACUUUAAACAAGAACCAGAAAGGCUCGGAUCAUCUUUGCUCUCUGGAGCCCAACGAAUUGUUAUCUCUGGUCCAGAGCAUAGAGCAGUUCAAGUAUAAGCAAUUUCUUCUCAUUCCUACUUAUAAUGUUAAUGAAAUACUUCAAAUGUUGGAAGAAAAUGACGAACAUUUAGAGGCAGCGUUGUCCGAGGUAACCAAGAAGGAAAUUUUGCAGAGUGAAUUGGCUUGUCGUAGCAAGCUGGGUAAAUCCAUUGUGGCUGCUAGGAAUCUGGAUAAGGGUCACAAACUUCGAGCGGCAGACUUGUCAAUUAAAGUUAGUGAACCAUCCGGGAUAUCUGCCGAUAGAUAUUUUGAUAUAAUUGACAUGAAACUAACGUACAGUGUUGAUGAAGAUAAACCCAUAACUGAGAAUAUGCUGAUGCCAUAAAUCAGCGAAAUUUACUGUUUUAUAAUCGACUUUAUAAUAAAUUAUAAAUCUUAUUGUUGAAAUUA